AUGGAGGCCAACGACCACAGAAAGUCCUCUGUUCUCUUUGAGAGCCCGGAUAAGAGCCUCAUUGUUCUAGACAUCCCUACGUCUCUAGAAGAGAGCCAGGUUCUCCCGUCUCAGGUCCCCCGCCGCCGCAUCGUCUCCGCAUCGCCCCCCGCAACUCCGUAUGAGCCCCGGCAUGGAGGAGGCGAUCAUUCGGCAUUUGCGACUGCGUCUCCUGGCGCGCAGUUGGCUGAACUCAUGACCGCUGAAACGGUCAGCAGCGCCUUGCAGGACCUUGCCAGCACAUACUCAUAUUCUGGACCUUUCCAUCAGGACCGGCUGGUUCAGCCACAACAAGCACCGUCAGUAUCCGCUCUGCCGCCUUUGAUACCAGACAAAGCCGAAUUUCUUGAUGGCUCUAUUGAGGCCAUGCGUGAUACCUUUCACAUGUCAGCUCCCAAGUUUGAUCUUGUUGUGUUAGAUCCUCCAUGGCCAAAUCGAUCUGCCAGGAGAAAGACAGACAAGUAUGCUACUGUAUCAAAUCUCAAGGAGAUGCGCAACCUCUUGCUACACAUUCCUCUAGCUUCUCAUCUUGCACCAGAUGGACUAGUUGCCGUCUGGGUCACUAAUAAGCACAGCAUUCACGACUUUUUGACUUCCCCAACAGGGCUGUUCGCUACUUGGGGUCUCGAGUUUGUGACUGAAUGGACAUGGCUCAAGGUUGCUGCGUCAGGUGAACCAGUCUACGACAUUGAGUCAACAUGGAGGAAGCCAUGGGAAAAGCUCAUCAUAGCGAAGCGCAUCGGAAGCCAGAAGCCAGAAGCUCUUGAGUCCAAAGUCAUCGUGGCAAUCCCUGAUGUCCACUCACGAAAGCCCAACCUGCGAGGUCUCUUUCAAGAUGUCACCGGCAAGGAUUGUCUUGGCCUCGAGAUCUUUGCUCGUAACUUGACUGCUGGUUGGUGGGCUUGGGGGAAUCAAGUUUUGCGCUUUCAACAGCCCGAACAUUGGCAUGACAUAGAACCGUGA